AUGAACAAUCUGCUUGUUCAAAGCGCAAACCAAUCUCUUGAUGUGCAGAAGCGCAUGAUCAAAGAACAUCCUUUGUAUCCCCUUCUUGCGGUGCUUUUUCGACAAUGCGAGGCUGGAACUGUUCGACCUUGUUCUCCACCUGCUCUGGAUCUAUUUAACGAGGAAUUGCGUGUAUUUAUUGAUCGCACUACUGCGUCAUUGAUAACUAGCCAAUCACAGCAGAGGUCACAAUCACCGCACCCAUCACCUACUGCCUUCCCCCUUACCCAUCUUCCGGCACCUUCUUCCGAGACUGUUGACGAGUCCAAAGACAGGAACGAAGAAAGCAACGGUGAUGUUCCCCUAAACGUAUUUAUGGCCGAUCCAGAACUCAAUGAACUAAUUCAGAGCCUUCAUCACCAGCAGGUUCAGAAGGCGCAUCUCCAUUUGCAACCACCUCCUCCUACCCGACACGGUUUGCGUCUGGACCUGGUGUACAAUGGAGCGAACGACAAUGGAGGAAGGAGAAGCAGUGGUGAUGGCGGUGGUGGUGAAGGCGAAGCCUACACUCCGGGAGCCGCCUUUCCAGAUGCAGUUUGUUCUGAGAGCUCUGAAACUGGAGCUUAUGGCACCAACUACAUUAAUGACCUUAAGAUGAAUGGCUCAGCAGCCUUCGUUCCACCAGGAGGAGGUGCAAGUGGCGCUUACUUCCCCAAUCGAGUAAUCGGUCCUCUCAAUGGCCUAGAUGGUGGAGGCAGCACGUCUCGAACCAAACGCGGCGUUCUACCAAAACGAGCCACUCAGGUCAUGAAACAGUGGCUCUUUCAACAUCUUGUGCAUCCCUAUCCAACAGAGGAUGAGAAGCGACAAAUUGCCAGUCAGACAAACUUGACACUACUGCAAGUCAACAAUUGGUUCAUCAAUGCUCGUCGUCGCAUUCUACAACCCAUGCUGGAGACGACAGGUCCCUACACUUCAGUUGGUCGUUCGGCUUCCGGUGAUGGCAUGACUGGUUGGGGAACGCAUAAAACCAAAAAUGGAGAUCAACCGUUAGUGAAUAAAAAGAAGAAGGCUGCAACAACCAGACCAUCAAACAACCGUUUCUGGCCAGCCAGUCUGGCAGCUGCAGCGGCAUUGUUACCCAACGCUGCUGGAGUUAUCUCUGGUGCCACCUUAAAUCGGAAUGCGGAGACUACUCUAGUUUGGACCAAGUCACACAGCACUCCAUCCAAUACACUCUCGGGAGGUGUACAAUCGGGAACUUUGCAUGAUACCAGUCCCAGUGGCAGUGGUGGUGAAGGUGAUUCUAGUCCAUCCUCCCUAAAAUCACGUCAACGAAAGUUAUCAUUGAUUGAACCCAAAGAUAUGCGACAGGAUGGGGUGUAUGGUGAUUUUGGAGUUGGACGAUUCUCGCCCUACGCCUACCAUCCGGAGAGCGGAGUGACGUCGGUUAUAAAGCCUGAGGCACCGUAUGACUCGAGAGCCUUGAAUACAGCUACCACCUAUCAAUCCUUUCUUCAACAUGCCUUCCUGCAGCAUCAGCACCAUCCGCCGAAUUCGGACAUAAAAACAUCGCAUUCAUUGCCACCGCCACCACUGUCCCAGAACUAUACCAAUUGGUCACAUUUCUUGGAGGAUAGGCAUCCAACCCAGCACCCAGAUUAUGGCGUACCUGAAUCGCCUAGUACAGCCAUUCCACAGUAUACACGAUCAGAAGAGGGCCUCUAUUUCAGUGGACAUCCAGCAUCGUGGAGUUACAAUGCAACAGCAAGUCAACCAGUAUCAACAACAUCUUUAACUAUUGGUGGAGGCAGUGUUUCCACGGACAUUCGAUGUGUUCAACCUGAUACUACUUGGCCUUCAGUGAACUCCGGUACCUAUCCCACAUCCUCAUUCCCCGUGGAAACAGAACGAUCAAUUCUAUGA